AUGCUGCUCAGAGGAUUACGAGCCUGCGCUGAACGUGCCUCGAAGCCGCGUACGACAAGCUUGGAUCGAAUUUCGAAGACCACCAAGGAAUUGUUGGAAAAAAGAAGGGCUUUGAAGCUUGAUCCGAAUGCAUCGCACAUUGAGCGGCAGAAGAAGAUUCUAGAAGCAGCACAAAGAAGAACGAGUCUAAAGAAGUGCCGCAGGCAUCUCCGCGAAUAUAAUAUUCCGCUAGCAGCCUUGCUGAGCGAAGACGGGACCCGCACAUCUUCUCGUCGUGAGAUGGAAAUCAUUACGGAGAGGACGCUGGAUGAAGCCCUCCCUCAAGAACAAGCUGGAUUCCGCCAGGGGUUCAGCUGCUUGGACCACAUCCAGACCGUGUUGAGGGUCAUAGAGGUUUGCCGGAAAUACCGCCUGCCCCUUGUUCUAACCUUCGUCGACUACGAGAAAGCCUUUGACAGCGUAGAAACGAAUGCAAUACUGUCAGCGCUGGUCGAUCAAGGUGUGGACGCGUCGUAUGUGAGGACAUUAGCUAAUUGCUACGAACGAUGCACGACUAGGAUACAGCUUUUCCACCGCCCUCCCACCAUACCCAUUGGAAAGGGAGUACGACAAGGCGAUACUAUGUCGCCGAAGCUGUUCACGGCCGCAUUGCAAUGGAUAAUGAAAUCACUAUCCUGGGAAGAAAGGGACAUACGUGUUGAUAGAAGAUUUCUCUCGAACCUUCGUUUCGCGGACGACAUCGUUCUCUUUUCGAGCAGUACCAAUGAAGCAGAAACGAUACUCAACGAAUUGAACGAAGCAGGGAAGAGAAUAGGACUACGAAUAAACAGAAAGAAGAUACGGUUCAUGAAGAACGCCCACUGCGAAGACGGAGGAGUACAACUUGAAGGCUCCCAAAUCGUGGAAACUCCGUCAUACGUAUACCUCGGACGUUCUAUGAACAUGGAAAACGACUUGAAGGAAGAACUGAAUAGAAGAAUGAGAACAGCAUGGGCAGCAUUCGCAUCCGUCAGGGAAGCUACGGACCAACUGACGGACCAAGAUCUUCGUGCUCAUCUGUUCGACUCGACAGUCCUUCCAGCGCUCUGUUACGCAGCGGAAACGUGGGCAGACACCGCGACCACGUCUAGAAAGCUACUUACUACCCACAGAGCCCUUGAGAGAUGUCUCCUGAAGUUUAACCGGAGCACACAACACCUUGCCGGUCUUCGUAGCUCCGACUUAAGAGGAAUGUCCCGUCUUCGCGACCCAGCGGAAUAUGUAUCGAAAGCAAAACAUAGAUGGGCCGGUCACAUCAUGAGAAGAAUCGACGAUAGAUGGACUAAAAGAACGCUAGAGUGGAUCCCAAUGGACGCUAGACGCCCCCGAGGAAGACCGCCAACGAGAUGGGGUGACGUGUUCGCUGCACGGAUAGACCAGCUGAGAGCUCAGCGGGAUACGGCUCAAGGACCUUGUCAACUUCACUCACGAAGCUUGAGAACAUCUUGGAUGACAAUGGCGAGGGAACGAAACGAGUGGAAGAGAUGCUGGGGCCCGCACGUUCAGUGA